GCAAGGCCCUUGCAUGGGGUUUUUGUCACUCCGAAGGGCCCUUGGUGAACCAACCCUUAAGAGGGAGGACCCGACCACAUGUCGCGGUUCAGCUCGAUGUCUAGCCCAACCGGCCACUCUCUUUGACAUUCACGACUAUGGGACUCCUGGGCCGUCUUCCGGCUCUCGCAGCUGCGGCUGCAGCGUUUACUAUCGGCACCGCAGAGGCAUCCUAUGCUGGAGGGGGCCUGACCAUUUUGGCUCCGAGUGAUGUCGACGGAUCGCAGAAUGACGGUUCCGGUGCCAUGCUCGUGGGCCAGCCGAGCGACUUUGAGACCGGCCGGGCCUCUUGCAAGCUGCUAACAGAAGCCCCCUGGAGCCCGGAGCAGGCCGACUUCGAGGCCACACUGAGAAAGGCGCUCGGCUACCAGGAAUACCAAGAGAUCGCGUCCAAGGACCAGCUAUACUGGAUUUCCAAGGCCAAGUCGUGUGAGACCACCUGCCGCGCGAUCGACGCCCAGGGGAAGACUCACAGCGUGGAGUGUGGGGAGGAGCUGCCGAUUCUCUGUACUCACAGCGCUCCGCUUUCGAGCAGUACUGCCGACAACAACUCGGCGACCUGGCAAGUGCAGCAGACGGUGGGAAAGAAGGUACUGACCGGUUACCGCGAUUACCACGUUUGGAAGUUCAGGGGUGUCCGGUUUGCCGACACCCCUGCGCGGUUCACGUACUCCAAGGCGGCCAGCUACGAGGACGAGGGAGAAGUCGAUGCCACGGUGGCGGGAGAGGACUGCCCGCAGAGAGUCGAGGACGCCGAGGGCGGAACUAGCAGCGAGGACUGUCUCUUUGCGAACGUGUGGACCCCUUAUCUCCCACCCACGGGGGGUGUAGACAAAAAGGAGAAGCUGAAGCCCGUUAUGGUGUACAUUUAUGGCGGCAGCUUCAAUUCGGGAUCUAGCAAGAACAUGUACAAGGACGGUACCAACUUGGCAGCACGCGGUGAUGUGGUGGUAAUUGCGUUCAACUACCGCCUUGGGUCGAUCGGGUUCCUGAACCUAAACGACGGCGUUCACAACGGCAAUUACGGCGUCUCGGACCAGGUCACCGCGCUGGAAUGGAUCAGCAAGUACAUCAAGUACUUUGGCGGGGACCCUGACCAGGUAACCGUCUUUGGGGAGUCGGCGGGAGCUCUGAGCAUACACAUGCUCCUCGGCAUGGAAAAGGCGAAGGGUCUUUUCCACGGAGCGGUUAUGGAGUCAUCACCCGACGGAUGGCCCACAACGCCCGGCGCGGCCAGACCUGUGGCAUGGCCGUAUUAUGACAGCCUGGAAAAGAACUAUCAACUGAUGACCACGCCGGUUUUGGCCCUAACCGGUUGCCUCAACGCCACCGACAAAGUGGCUUGCCUCAACCAGCUGAGCGCUGUCGAGCUGGUCAGCCUCCCCCUUAACCCCAGCUUCGCGGUCAUGGACGGCAACUACCUCACCAACCACGGGCUGGUCGUCAACUCAACCGCCGACAGCCUGGCUACCGAGGUCCCCGUCAUGCUCGGCGUCAACCGCGACGAGACGGGCGUCUACGUCACCGAAGCCCUCCUCCCCACCGACAACCAAACCUUCCUCGAGUACAUCGACGUCCUGGGCGUCGAGGCCUUCCACGGGCCCGAGGGCGCCAAAGCCUCCGCCAUCCUCGGCCUGACCGAAGGCGAGCCGAUCCCGGGCCUGCCCCCCUCCCUCGCCAACAACACCGCCACCACCUCGGAGAAGUUCCACGCCGCCGUCAAGCUCACCACCAACUGGCUCUUCACCUGCAACACCUACGCCAAAGCCUUCUCCGCCGCCAAGCACGCCGCCUUCCAAUCCACCUACAUGUUCGAGUUCAACCGCACCUACUCCCCGCGCGGCUGGACCCAGCCCUGGUGCGAUCCCCCCCUCACCCCCUCCCACCCGCACGGCGACCCGGACGGCGAGUACUUCAAGUGCCACGCGGCCGAGCAGGCGUUUGUCUUCGGCACGGUGCUGCGCACGGGCAUGCCGCUGCGCGACGCGCGCGACCUGCCCUUCAUGCAGCUCGUCAUGGACCACUGGGCCGCCUUUGCCCGCUGGGGGGAUCCUAACCCCCGUAAGGGGUGGUUGGAGGCGAGGGGCCAUGUGGGCACGCUGAGGGAGGUGGAGAGGGUGGGCAGGUGGGAGAAGGUGGAUGCGGACAGGCCGGUCAUGAGGAUGCUGCAGUGGGGGGCGAAGGAGGUGCCGUUGGGGGAGGGGCAUCAGGAGCUUUGUGAGGGGCUGGGGGCGGCGUAUGGCAGUUUGGAGCCGUGAUCGUGGUCGGGGUGUCGGAAAGGAGGGAUGGUGUCGGGGUGGGUUUGGGGGGUAUC